CGCCGGGCGCAAUCCAUGGAGAUAGGAAGGUAGGUACUUGAGGGUAGGGUACUCUUUCUUUGUCUUGGUUCAAGUUAUUUCCUCCCUACUUUGUGCACUUGGAAGCGAUAUUUUUCUUUACUUCACCAUCUCCUACUUCGGUCUGCGGGUUAUGGCUGGUACUGUAAUUCUCACUGGCGCCAACAGCUCAGCUGGCCUCCACGCCUCCGAGCACCUUUUAAAGACGUAUUCGAGCUACACAGCAAUCUUUACUGUUAGGAAUGUUGCCGAUAACGAUGAGAACACUAACAAGUUACGCGCCAUCAUAGAAAAAUAUCCCAAGGCAAGCGCUUCCAUCCACGAGCUCGACUUAGCCGACCUUACCGCCGUCCACAAAUUUGCUACGACCAUAUCGGACAGUAUCAUCGCUGGCGAAUAUCCCGCCAUCAAGUCUAUUAUAUGCAACGCGUACUACUGGAACCUUGUCGCCGACCCCGAACUGACCAUUGAUGGUUUUGAUAGGUCGUUGCAGGUUGGACACAUCGCUCAUGUAGCACUUAUUUUACGCCUACUAGACAGCUUUAACCCCGACGGUGGCCGUAUCGAGCUCAUUUCCAGCGUUCUACACUACCGCAAGAAAAACCCCGUAACAAAUUAUCUCCCCGAAAUACCUGAUGAUUUCGAUCUCUUUAUUCACCCACGUCCGGACCCCGAUAAGUUCGGCCGCGGAUAUCAAAGAUAUGGGACGUUGAAGUUGGUUGUUACUACUUGGGCCUGUCCCCUCAACGAGUACCUACAAAAGGAUCCCAGAUUCGCAAACAUCUCUGUGGUCGUGAUGAACCCGGGCAAUCUGGGUGAUUCGCGCACUUUCAGAACCAAUACUCCGAUGUCUAUCCAGUUAAUGCAGAUGUUUAUUCUAAAGCCUCUGAUGCCUAUACUUCGCUAUCUCGAUCCAAUUUAUCGUACCUCGGCUGAGGCAGGAGUAGACAUCAUCGAAUUAGGUGUUGGCCAGGCUAACAAUGGCGAACGAGGAUACUACACCUUCCUCAAGAAGGAUGAGCCUGAUCCCGUGGCCUUGGACAAGGAGAUACAACACAAAAUAUGGGUGAAGAGUGUCGAAUGGGCUAGGAUCAAUAAGGAGAACACUGCACUCAAAGUUGCCUUUAAGUGACCAGACUUGAUAUUGUG